AUGCCUUCCAAAUCCUCCAAGUCCUCCAGCUCCAGCUCCGGCUGUCGCUGCCGCUGCUUCUCCCUCAAGACCCUCAGCUACCUGACCAUCUUCCUGGCCCUGUUCUCCGCCGUCUACAGAUACCUCGAUGCGCGCCUUGAGCAAUUCUACAUCUUCGACCCGGAGCACCUGCACGAUGUGUCUCAGCGCGCCAUCAGCGCCCACGGCGAGGACACCCGCUCUAUCGUCAACUUCAUCGUCGCCGAGCUGGAGCAGAAGGUCGGCGCCAACUACCUGAGCACCCAGGAGGAGUGGGUAUUCAACAACGCCGGCGGCGCUAUGGGCGCCAUGUACGUGAUUCACGCCAGUAUCACCGAGUACCUGAUUGUCUUCGGUACCGCUAUCGGAACUGAAGGCCACUCUGGUCGCCACACUGCUGACGACUACUUCAACAUCCUCCAGGGUACCCAGCUCGCCUACGUCCCCGGAGAGUUCAAGCCCGAGGUCUACCCGCCCGGUAGCGUGCACCACCUGGUCCGCGGCGAGGUCAAGCAGUACAAGAUGGAUGAGUCUUGCUUCGCGCUGGAAUACGCCCGUGGCUGGAUCCCUCCCAUGCUCUUCUUCGGUUACGCCGAUACCUUCUCGAGCACUCUGGACUUCCCGACCUUGUGGGCUACCACACGCAUCACUGCCCGUGAGAUGGUCGGCAACUUGUUGCAGUACAAGCUGUAA